AUGACUUGGAUACGUUAUUUGGCUUUCUGGAUCCUAUCGUUUUUAACUUUAUUAAAUGGGCUACAAGCAACAUUUCCGUUCCUGCCAGCGAUUACAGCGACAUUGGCACAAGUACCAUUAAUGGCUGGCCCUAUGUCUGGACUUGUUGGAGUCAAGCUUUUAAUCGGGACAAAGCUUUUGUAUUAUCUCGGGUAUUUUGGACGACGAUCACAACCUAAAUCAAAACCUCCCAAAAAGCAAAGACCACCUUCAACAGGUUUUCCUGGUGGACAGCAAUCAUUACCUCUGCCUUAUACUAGAGGUGGUGCAAUGCCACCUGGUCUUCCGCAGCAGCCUGGUGGAGGAUUUGGUGGAGGAGCAGGUGGUUUUCCUCCACAGUUCGGUGGUGGAGCUGGCGGUUUACCUCAAGGAGGAGGACCAUAUGGAGGAUUUGAUCCUGCAGAAUUAUACCAAGCAUUAGCUGCUCAAGGAUUUGAUCCAGCCACAGCAAUGAGAGAUAUGAAUAUGCAAAGCGGUGGUGGAGGAGGUGGAUUUGGCGGUUUUCCGAACCAACCGCCAUCUAUAUCAGGAGGGUCUGGUGCUCCUCAAUUCCCCUCCAUGCCUGGUGGUGGAGGCCCCGUUGGAGGAUUUCCACCAGUAGCCGGAGGUGGUGGAGGAGGAGGAGGCUCGUUCCCUGGUGGACCGGGAUCUGCGCCUGGAGGGGGUGGUGGAUUUGGGAACAUGCCAUAUGAUGACUCUAACUCAUUGCCUCCUUCCCCUGGACUUGAUGUUGGACCGCAAGGUGGUGGUGGCGGCGGCGGUGGUGAUGAUCCUGAUAAUGAUGUAGAAAGCUUUUUCACUUUCCUUCGGGACAUGGACGAUAACACUUGCAUCUCAAGAUUAAUGUGCGAUAUCGGAGCUGAUCCGUCGUUCUUGGGGGACUUCUCUGAGAAUAUUAAUGGAAUCAUUAGCUCCCUUGAUGUCAUGCCGUCCAGUGGAGCUUAUCAAUACGUCGCCAUUAUGGAAACUGGUCGACGGGAAGGAAACUGUGCCAUGAGAUUCCCGCAAUGUUCAGAUGGUGCUUAUGAAGUCGUUAAAAGUGUUGCUCCCACAGUAGAUGUACCCAAUAACAUAAGUUCAGAUAUGGUCAACAAGUUAUAA